CUGUUUUUCUGUGAACCUAUUUUUAUUUCCUCUUUUGAAUCAGCUGAUUUCAUGUGAUCAGUUCUUUUCUUAGCUUGUUCUCUGUGAUUUGCUUCAAUAGUCACCUCUCAAACAUCUCUUUAUAUACAUGCCUCUCAUCAUCUAUCCAUAAUAAUAAUAAUAAUACUUCCUCCUGUCUUUUAAUAUUAUUUGUAACAAGUACCAUACUUUCCAGCAGGUAUUGUACUACCACAUAUACAGUAUCGAAAUACAUUAAAGUACAACAGCAAUUAAGAAAGAUGAUGAAGAAGUCCAUUGUUAUAAUUGUUCUUCUCCUUGUUCUCCUUGUCUUCCCUAAUAAUACCUCCUCUAGACACAUUAGUAGAGCCCAUCGUAACGUUCAUCAAGUGACACAAGGAAGAAUGAGAGGCAACAUAAACCCAAGAAAUCGACCGGUGGUGAAGCCAAAAGGAUCAGGACCCGACACAGUCGAAAUAGCGGGUUCAAGCUUGCCAGAUUGUUCUCAUGCAUGUGGGUCAUGCUCACCAUGUAGGUUAGUUAUGGUGAGCUUUGUAUGUGCCUCCCUUGAAGAAGCUGAAACUUGUCCUAUGGCUUAUAAAUGUAUGUGUAAAAAUAAGUCUUACCCUGUUCCUUGAUUCAUUAUCUAAAACCAAGCACCACUUUUAUGUAACAUAUUGCACUUGUUGCUUCAUUUUAUUUCAUUAAUUAUUGUUCUCUAGCUAUUAGGUAGGUCUUUCACUAGGUCAUGCUAAUUUCAAAAUUUUGUUUGUACAACUUGAAAGUUAAAAACCAUGUUAUGUAACCAAGGGGUAUUUCUUAUAUACUCUAUUUUCAAUUUUUUUUUGCGGAAGGAAUUAAUUUGAUGUGAUUCUUGUACUCAAUCUUAUUCAUCAGUGUUAUGCGACAGCGAAGCAAUAAUUCAAUAACAAUGAAAAUAAUAAAGAAAUUUAAUGCAAAUAAUAAGAAAAACACACCAACAAUUUACUUGGUUCACUAUCAAUGUGAUAGCCACGUCCACAGGCACCGAGUUCAAAAGUUUUCACUAUAAACUGACAAGAUUGCAAAGAUGAAUCACAAA